GUCUGUUUUUAUUGCGCGAGAGCAUCACUAGCGUCACGUUGCUGCCGAAAGUGCCUGAAUAAAAUCGUAAUGUCCGGUUAACCGCGCAUCACAUUAACCGUUUGCACACAGAACAUGCGCCUGACAGUUAGGUAGCAGCAAGUAAUAGGCAAAGGACAGCGGCAUGCUACCCGGGGGCAUAACUACUCGACUCUGUUGCCGAUGGCGUAGUGUAAAGCAGCCAUGGGUGCGGCAAGCGCGGCCCCCACCGCCGCCUCCGGAGGCCCCCCUCCCUCCUGGCUCGGCCCAGCUCACCAAGGCCACUGCAUUCACCAUUGGGUGCUGUGGAGCGUCCUUCCUGGGGGCCGCUGUCUGGCAGUAUGAACGUAUGCGGAGGGAAGCGCGAGCCAUCAUUGCCCACCGAUGGACUUGGGAGCCCAAGCGUGGCAGCUUCCGACAGCAGCUGAACACGUGGUGGCAGAGCGUGCCGGAGGGCAGCCGGGUGGCUUAUGGCCUGAUUGCAGCUAAUGCAGUGGUCUUCCUGCUGUGGCGGGUGCCUCGGCUGGAGCCCAUUAUGCUGCGAUACUUUGUCUCCCAUCCAGCCUCCAAGCCCUUGUGCCUGCCGAUGUUCCUGUCGACAUUCAGUCACCACUCGUUGUUCCACCUGGCAGCCAACAUGGUGGUGCUGAACAGCUUCGCUCCUACAGCCGUCGCCUUGCUGGGGCGAGAGCAGUUUCUCGCCAUGUACGUCAGUGGCGGUGUUGUGUCGUCCCUUGCCAGCUAUCUGCACAAGGUUGCCACCCAGCGAGCUGCCAUGUCCCUGGGCGCGUCGGGAGCCAUCCUGGCCGUGGUGGGAGCCCUGUGCUUGCAGUACCCAGACGCACAGCUCAGCAUCCUCUUCCUGCCUUUCUUCACCUUCUCGGCUGCUGCGGCAUUGAAAGGUGUGUUGGUGUUUGACACGGCUGGUAUGCUGUUGCGGUGGCGCCUACUGGAUCAUGCGGCCCAUUUAGGAGGCACCUUGUUCGGCGUGGGCUACGUGCUGUAUGGCCAGGAGAUGUGGAAGCGCAGGGAGCCUAUCCUGAAGACGUGGCACCAGCUGCGCGAAGGCUGGGGUCGUGGAUGACGACCCGGGUGAAGGCACUGUUCGGUGUUGCAGGGUCACUCUGCUUCCUGGGUUACAGUAUAGUCUGUGGACACUUUACGAUUGAGCUACAUUUUACAAGCACGAAUAAAAAUGGAGUAUAUUUGUGGUGUACGUAA